AUGGAGAGCCUGCUGGAUAAUCCCAUGAAAGCCGUUCUUUACCUGAAGGAGCUCACCACUAUCGUGCAAAACCAGCAGAGCCUGAUCCAGACGCAGCGCCAACGCAUCGACGAACUCGAGCGAAAGGUAGAGGACCUGAUAGGAGAGAACCGAAAUUUGCGGGACCCCCAUCACUACGUCCAGCAGCCCCCUCAACAUCAUCACCAUCACCACCACCCGACUCACCGCAGCGCCAGUCCCCAGGCACCGGCCAACCUCCAUCCGCACCCAGGGAGCAACAAGGCUGCGGCUCAUCUCGGCCAGCAGGCGCAGCAGCAGCUGCCGCCGCCGCUGCAGCAGCAUCAUCAUCAGCAACAGCAGCAGCAGCAGCAGCAGCAGCAACAGCAGCAGCAGAUCCCCGGUCUGUCGGCCCAGCCUCAGCAGCAUCCCAUCCCUCCUGCGCCGGCCGCCCACCACCCCCAGCAGCUCCAGCUCGUCCCCACCUCACCACAGUCGCCCAAAACGAGUCAAGCCAGUCCGGACUCCGUGGAGGAGGACAAGAGGAGCCCGUGCUGCAAGUCCCUGGUUCCUCAGACUCCCACCACUCUCUGCCGCUCCGUUGGGCUGGCGAGGAAAACAGACAACCAAACAGUGCUUCAUCAGUUCUGCUGCCCCGCCCCCGAGGCCCCUGAAGGGGAGACCUCUACUGCCUGUGUCCCCAGCGAUGACCUUCCUCCAGAACCGUCUAUCGGGGAGGAAGGGAAGGGAGGAGAGGGGGAGCUGCAGAGUGAGGUCGAGUCACAACCACAGCCCGAGCAACCGCUGCAAGAACCUCAGCCACAACUACAGAAUCAACCACCCACACAGCCACAGACUCAACCACCCCCAUAUCCACAGACUCAACCACCCCCACAGCCACAGACUCAACCGCCACUACAGCCACAGACUCAACCACCCCCACAGCAACAGAUUCAACCGCCCCCACAGCCACAGACUCAACCGCCCCCACAGCAACAGACUCAACCGCCCCCACAGCCAGAGCCCCAGUGUGAACCCCAACCGCAGCCUCAGCCCCAAACACCGCCCGAAACCAAACCUCAGCCAGAACCCGAACCCGAACCCCAGCCUGUACUGGAGCCCGAGCCUGAGCCCGAAGUCGAGGAAGCGAUACAGGACACCCCUGAAGCCCCUUCGUCUCCCGGAGAGGAGCAGGAAAGGGAAACGUUUGAAGAAGUCGAGGAGGCAAAGAGAAAGCAAGAGGCAGAUGAGGCCCCGCCCGAGUGGCAUGAGGGCGAGGCAGCACAGGAAGCAGAGGAGGAGGAGGAAGGGGGAGGAGCUAAAGGAGGUGGGGCGGGCAGGAGAGCCAGCCUGCAUCACACGGCCUCGCCCCUGAGGGUGCAGCGCAACGGGGCCGGCUCGCACUCCGCGACCUCCGACUAUGAGCUCUCGCUUGACCUCAAAAACAAGCAGAUCGAAAUGUUAGAGCACAAAUACGGGGGCCAUCUCAUCUCCCGCCGCGCCGCCUGCAAGAUCCAGACCGCCUUCCGCCAGUACCAGCUCAGCAAGAACUUCGAAAAGAUCCGCAACUCGCUUUUGGAGAGUCGUCUGCCUCGACGCAUCUCCCUGCGAAAGGUCCGUGUGCAAAACACGGAGGGCUUCUCCGCUGAACGGGCCCUGGCAGAAGGCUGCAAUCUAACAGGCAUCCCAUUGGUGCGCUCACCCUCUCUGCCGGCCACAGUCGGCGGCAGCCUGACCGACCUGGAAGACUCAUUCACGGAACAGGUCCAGUCACUGGCCAAGUCUAUAGACGAUGCACUCAGCAACUGGAGCCUGAAGACCAUGUGCUCACUGCAGGAAGGCGGCACCUAUCAGUUCACUGCCGACUCCUUCAGUGCAGCAGCAGCAGCAGCGGCAGCAGCAGGAGUGGGAGGUGGAGGAGAAGGGGGCGUUGUCAGAGAGUCGACGAUUCCUCACGUUCCAGUGGACCCGAGUGACCUGUCGAGAAGCGCCAGCAAACUGAUGAUGGCGUUCCGCGAUGUGACGGUGCAGUUUGACAGCCAGAACUUCCGCGUUUCAUCUUCAGUCCUGGAAUCGUCCACGGUCACCCUUGGCAGCUGCGUCCAACCAGAGGGAGCCCCAGCCAUUGUCACAUCUGCUUCCUCAAACUCCACUCCGGCCUACAUACCUCCUGGUCCCUCACAAGAGCCCCCACCUCCCCCUGCAGAACUCCCAGCUGAACCCAUAGAUCCCCCGCCGCCUCCACAAGAGCCCCCUCCGCCCCCGGAAUCAGAGUUAGAAGAAGACGAGCAGGACGAUGAUGAUUUCCCUGCUCCUCCCCCGAGUGAAGAAGAGAUAGGGGAUGAUGAGCAGCCUCCCCUAACCCCUCUGGAUAAGAUGGCUGCUCCUCAGAGCCCAGAGGAGAUGAUGCCACCACCCACAGAGCCCCCGUAUGCCCCUCCACCCCUGAUGGUGAGCUCCCCCAUGGCGCAGCCGCUGGAGGUGAAGCGGUGCGGCUCAGAGACCGCAGAUAACAGCUCGGAGCAGAUGAGCAGCAGCAGCACGUCCACAGAGGCACGCUCCACGUCUGAAGCCUCGUCCAAGGAGGCGCUGCAGGCCAUGAUCCUCAGUCUGCCACGCUACCAGUGUGAGAAUCCCGCCAGCUGCAAGUCACCAACGCUGUCCACCGACGUCAUGCGGAAACGCCUCUACCGCAUCGGCCUCAAUCUCUUCAAUGUAAACCCUGACAAAGGCCUUCAGUUCCUGAUCUCUCGAGGCUUCAUUCCCGACACACCUAUCGGCGUUGCCCACUUCCUGCUGCAAAGGAAGGGCUUAAGCCGACAGAUGAUCGGAGAAUUCCUGGGAAACAGCAAGAAACCCUUCAACAGAGAUGUGCUAGAUUGUGUGGUGGAUGAGAUGGACUUCUCAGGCAUGGAGCUGGACGAAGCGCUGAGGAAAUUUCAGGCCCACAUUCGUGUCCAGGGAGAAGCCCAGAAAGUGGAACGUCUUAUCGAGGCCUUCAGUCAGCGCUACUGUAUGUGUAACCCCGACGUGGUGCAGCAGUUUCACAACCCGGACACCAUCUUCAUUCUGGCCUUCGCCAUCAUUCUGCUCAACACGGACAUGUACAGUCCUAACAUCAAGCCCGACCGCAAGAUGAUGUUGGAGGACUUCAUACGCAACCUACGAGGUGUUGAUGAUGGAGCCGACAUCCCCAGAGACAUGGUGGUGGGAAUCUAUGAACGAAUACAACAGAGGGAGUUACGCUCCAACGAAGACCACGUCACCUACGUCUCCAAGGUUGAGCAGUCCAUCGUGGGAAUGAAAACGGUUCUGUCUGUCCCUCACAGAAGACUGGUGUGCUGCAGCCGGCUGUUUGAGGUGACUGAUGUCAACAAGGCCCAAAAACAGGCAGCGCACCAGAGAGAAGUCUUCCUCUUCAAUGAUCUCAUUGUGAUCUUGAAGCUUUGUCCAAAGAAGAAGAGUUCUGCAGCCUACACCUUCUGCAAAGCAAUGGGCCUACUUGGCAUGCAGUUUCAUCUGUUUGAGAAUGAAUACUACCCUCAUGGCAUCACCAUCCUCUCACCUUUCGGCUCGGACAAGAAGCAGGUACUUAACUUCUGUGCCCAAAGUGCAGAGGAGCUGCUCAAGUUCGUAGAAGAUCUGAAGGAAUCAAUCGCGGAGGUGUCGGAGAUGGAGCAGAUACGCAUCGAGUGGGAACUGGAGAAGCAGCAGGGAGCCAAGACACACUCAGUAAAGAACAACGGCACACAGCUAGAACUGCGUGGCAAACAGGGCUCCCCAUCAGGAAACCAGGAGAUGGAUGACAGAAGUGGACACAAUGCAGUAGAGGUGUCAAUUCACAACAGGCUUCAGACGUACCAGCUCAGCAGCACGGCUCCGAGUCCCGAGAGCGUGGCCCUUCUUAACCACCGGGGGGAGCUGCUUUUCCAGCAGGGGCCCCAGGGGCUAACCUACGGGCCGGUGCCUCCACCUCAGUACACGCAGCUGCAGUCAGCAACAAGCAUCCCCGCCCACCUCCUCCACCUCCAGCAGCACCACCAGGGGGCCGUCAGCAUGUCUGAUCUGAGGCCGGAAACACUCAUCCAGUGUCAGCAGAUCGUCAAGGUCUUCAUGCUGGACAACAGCGGCCAUGGACGCAUGGAGGCCUUCCUCGCCCAGACCCCCACACACCACCACUACCAGCACCACCACCACAGCCACCACCAGCUCAGCCAGUCGGCCAUGUCCACCCCGGUGCGCUCGCCGGACAGCUCACUCGGCAACGACGGCCACCAGCCCCCGCUGCCUCCCCCACCUCCGCCUUACAACCACCCACACCAGUACAUACCCCCGGACCCCCUCCUCAGUCUACACCGGACCCCAAGUGGCUCUCGGAGCAUGGUGUAAAUAAAUGAAUUAGUAGUCUUUCCCUAAAAACACGUUCACACACCCUAACCCCACCCCUCUCCACCUAUUUAAAAAGUACAUAAUGUACAUAUAUACAUACAGAUGAAAGAGCUAUAAUAAAAAAAAUGAAAUCUCACUUAUAUGCAUAUAUUUAAGGAAAAAAAUGAAGUAAAAGAAAAAGUUUCAAAAGAGAAACAGAGAAAUAAAGUGCAUAUCUAAGGUUUUACUUGAUUCCACAUGUAUUUUGAAAUAUUAUGUAGUUUUAACAAAUUUCUAAAACUUUUUGUCAGUUUUAACUCUUGCUAAGAAAACACAGAUAUUCCAUUUCUGGAUGGAUGUCUUCUCGUUGCAUCCUCAACAACAACAGAAAUGGACUGUGAUGGAUCGACACCUUCUAAGGACCUUCUGCUUCUGUCCGCUCUCAUCCUCCCAACCUCAUGCCUACUGUGCUGUAUGUGCGCCUGCGUGCAUAGUUGACACGUAAUGAAAACCUGUGCCAAAAUACAUAGCCUCCACUUUACACUGACUUCUUUACACUUGUUUCAACGCUAGGGCUAGAAGAAAAUAAAAAUAAAACUCUAUCCUUUACUUUGACAAAACAGCCCUUUCAUGCUUCUCCCUCAAGGACCACAAAAAAAAAAAAAAAUAUGAAAAGAAAACACUAUCUCGGUUAGUGCUGUUUUAUUUCGGAGAUUGAGAGUCAUCACUCUUUUCUGCUCCCCUGAAAAAAAAAUGAAAAAAGGACAUCCUGCGAUAACCUGCGUUUUUCAUCUGCUCCCCUGUUGUGUUGUGGCUCUAUCAUGAGAUAACACUCUCACUCAAUUGUCACUCUCCAUAGAUCCUCCUACAGUGAAGUAUGACAGGAAACAAAGGCGACAAAUCAAAUCACACGGAUGCUGCCAAAACCAAAAAGUCGGUCCGGGAUUCUCCUGUUGUUUGUUUGUCUUUCACUCUCGUGUGAAAUAUUGCUUCCCAGGAGUAACGCCACAUGUUAUCUGCUGGUGGCGGGAACGUUAUUUUUUCCCCCAUAUGCUGAAAUCGUUUCAGCUGCUCUCGGAUUUUUCUAGAACUCUGCGAUACAGCAUUCACAUGUAAUAAAUGUACUGUACACUGUGCUGUCAUCUGUUGUGAAACGCUCCAUCGCUUUUUCAGGGACAUUACCAUGAAUUUCCAUGAAGAUGCUUCUGCAACUGUUAACUGUCAAGAUCUGUGUUCUAUUAUGGUUUGCGUAAAAGCAUAUUCCACCUUUGUGUGUUUUCCCCGUCUGUGGAUGAAUACAGGACUCCCACAAAACAUCCAGACCCUGUCUCUUCAUGUCGGUACAUCUCGCAGGUUGUGUUUCUGGUCCUCUUUUUUUCCCUCCUAACCUUUCAGUCUGACAUUUUGAAAAAAAGGCAAAAAACUAAAGAGGCACACACACACAGCUUAUAUUGCAAAUGCUGGCAUUAAUGGUAUUGUUUGUGCUGCUGGCAAGCCUGCUUUAAAUAAGAAUAGGACAAAAAGAAUGCAUUAUCUGAUCUCUUUCUAUUUCACCCCAGCCUAGAUUGUAAAUAUCACAUUGGAGCAGUGUCAGAAAGGACAACAAGCUGCCAUUAGCCUCGUCAAAAUGCUAUUACCCUGUCACACAUCCUUCAUUGGGAAAUAGGUCAACAUCCAUCUUUUAAACAUAAGAUCCACCAGGUACUGCGUGAAGAAUUUUCGAUUAACUCUGCCCCCAUCUAACCCAUACCUGUCUGAUUUGUUGGUUUAUUAUCAAAGAGCCACAGCAGGGAAAAAAACAAGUCUGGCAUAGAUAAUGAGUGUUUGACCUCACAGUGACUUCCUAACUUUCCUGUCAUCAAAUCCGACUUCAUGCUUUUGUUUCAGAGCACCAUAAGAUGAAUUACCGCUUUCAUUAAUGAAUAAAGACAGUUUUCAUAUUUUUUACUGGCUAUGAAAAAACGUAUGAAGGUUACGUAAUACAAAUAAUCGCAAAGGUUCUGACAUUAUGGAUUUUAGAGUGAUGUAUGAUGAUUGUAUGAUUGCUAAUUUGUUUAGAUUGACAUUCAGAUAUAAAUGUGAUUAUUUUCUCAUGCAUGCCAUCAGUUUGGAAGAUUAUUGAACUUUGAUUCCCAAAGGUUUGAGUUAUUUUGUGCAUGACUGAAUCAGCUUUGAGCAUACCAGUGGGAAAUGAGGAUUACUCAUUUUUUUGAUUCUGGGUUAGCCAAAAGAAAUAAAGCAAACCCAGUCAAACAGAGAAUGGAUUUCAAACUGCAAAUGUAAGGCCUACCAGUGGCCAUUUUUGUUUAUCUGUCUUUCACAAUGUUUUUAUUAUAGUUGCAAACAUGACAAUGUGUUUAAGCUUUUUUCGGAAAAUACAUCCUUUGUGUGAAAUAAAGUGAAAAUCAUGUGUUUAUGUUUGAAAGAAAACCAAUGUAGCAUUUUGGGAGUGCAGCAUAUGAUAUCAAAGCGCAGUAGUGGCUAACUUUCUUAGUGAAAUAAUAAAAAGGGCUCUGCCAUACCAGUGCACCGCUUCAUAAAACACAUAUCUACUUGGACUGGCUCUUCAACACUGUGUUUGCUCAUACUGGUUAAAAUAAAAAUGACAUAUUUAGGAUAAGAAAAGGUGGAAACCGAGUGUUAGAGAUAUGAACCAUCACCUCCCUCCUUCUCUACCUGUCUUUGCAGUAUAUCAACAUGCUAUUAAAGAUGAUUUAAGUCUAUUCACUACAGUGGUUUGUUUUGGUUCUUGGAUUUUAUAGCUUGAAUUUUGAAAAAAUGAAAAGCCACCAUUGGCUAAUUUGUUUAGACUUGCUAUGGAAUAUGUUUUAUUUUAAA